AAUUCUCAUUACCCCUUUUCAUAAAAGAAGCCUUUAGAACCUUAAAUAGAAGAAGAGAUUAGAAUAUGCAAAAAUACAAAAAUUCAAUUAAUCUUCUUCUUCCUCUACUACUAUUUUCUUUCUUUCUUUCUUUCUUAGCCCAAUAAUUUCCAUGGAAAAUUACAACAGAUCAAGGUCCUAUGGAAAUAAUAAUGGGCAAGUAGUAGUGCAUAUGGAGAGCUACUAUGGUGCACCACCACCAACUAUGCCUCAUGAUGAUCAUGAUCUAAGGUCCUAUAGUAGUGUUUCAUAUGCACAAAGUAAAAAUCAUCAAAGGGGUAUUAAGUUGAAGAAAGGGAAGAGUGUUUCAACAAAGUCAUGGGGUUUUGGAAGUGAUCCUGAGUUUCAAAGGAAGAAGAGAGUUGCAAGCUAUAAAAUGUAUUCUGUUGAAGGAAAAGUCAAAGGUUCUUUUAGGAAGAGCUUCAGAUGGCUCAAGUAUAAGUACACACAAGUUCUUUAUGGAUGGUGAUGAAUCAAUGAAUGAUCUAAUUAUUGGUAAUGUUUGUUAUUAAUUCUUUUUGUAACGUUUGUAUGCUCUAAUUAUCUGUUUACAAAUUUGAAUAUUCUGUUCAUGAUGAGGAUGAGAAUUAAUUGUAGAUUCAUGGAUCUUGAUAUAAUUUUAUUUGAGGACUGAUAAA